CCACUCGACAGAGUCCACUGUCCACACCACAGGUUGACUCACACUGCACAGCAACAGUCAGGGCGGCGCCUGACUAUAAAACCCUCUUCUGCACUUUUUCCCCGACCUCUGAACAUUCCUCCACCUCUCCUCUGCCGACUACGUCCCAGCCCUGCACGUCUAAAACCCAUCUCAGCAACCAUGCCUUCAGAACUGGAGACCGCCAUGGAGUCACUCAUCAAGGUGUUCCACCGUUACGCCUCUAAGGAUGGCAAGAGCGGCACACUCAACCGGCGAGAGCUCAGAGAGCUGAUGGAGAACGAGCUGUCUACCUUCCUCAAGUCUCAGAAGGACCCUGCUGCUGUAGACAAAAUCAUGAAAGACCUAGACACCAACGGCGACGGCCAGGUGGACUUCGAGGAGUUUGUUUCUCUGGUUGUUGGACUUUCCAUUGCCUGUGAGCAGUGCUACAAGAUGCACAUGAAGAAGACGGCUUCUGCGAAGAAGUAAACGAUAGAGAGGAGAAGAAACCAAAAAGCAUUUCAAGUUUUGUAAAGAUUGUUUUGUUCAUUAAACACACUGAAGAAUUUCAAAC